CAGGCACAGGCAGCAGCGGCAGCAGGAGCCAGAGCUGGCGACCCCGGCCCACCUCCUACCAGCCACUCUCCUUCCAGAUCAGCCCCAGCCCGGCCUGGCAUGGAGACCUUCUUUAGGAAACACUUCCAGCGGAAGGCACCAGGCCCUGGAGAGGGACGGCGGUGGCCUACUGCAGGGCUGCCCACCAGCAAGGCCCGGCGACGCUCACCUGCUGGGCAGGCCUCCUCCUUACUGGCAGAGCGGCGCCGCUCCAGUGCCCAACUCCAGGGUUGCCUCCCAGGCUGUGGGCUAGGUGCCCGGGGAGCCAGCUGCCGCCGGCGUUCUAGCACUGCACCCCCUACCUGCAACCCCCGCUUCGUUGUGAAUGAGGUGCCUGCCUUGCUGCCUGCUGCCACCGGGGCCCAGGGUCGGGGCGCACCUCUACUGCUGGCUGCACUUGUGGGCAUGCAGGAGGAGGGAGUCCAGGAAGAGGAGGUGAUGGCCAGGGCAUCCAGCUCUACUCAGCCUGGCACCGGGAUGCCAGAGCCCGCUGUGCACCGGGGUCCUUGGCCACUGCUGCCUGUACCUCGGUGUCUGCGCAAGGCAUCCUCCCACCUGCUACCUGCUGACAUGCUGUACGACCAUACCCUCUGGGGCCUGCAUGGCCACUAUCGUCGCCUCAGCCAGCGGUGGCCCUCAGGCCAACAGUCUAGCCCUGGCCGAAGAGCCUCGGGCUCCUCCCUCAGCCCCACCAUCCCUGCCAGGGUGCGCCUGCUGUCCCGCAGGCGCCAGGUAGCCCUGCGGCGCAAGGCAGCGGCAGGACCCCAGGCCUGGAGCACCCUCCUCGUGAAAGCCAUCACCAAGUCGGGCCUCCAGCACCUGGCACCGCCCCCUCCCACCCUUGGGGCCCCGUGUGGCGAAUCUGAGCGUCAGAUACGGAGCACUGUGGACUGGAGUGAGUCAGCCACAUAUGGGGAGCACAUCUGGUUUGAGACCAACGUGUCUGGGGACUUCUGCUAUGUUGGGGAGCAGUACUGCGUGGCCAAGAUGCUGCAGAAAUCGGUGCCCAGGAAAAAGUGUGCAGCCUGCAAGAUCGUGGUCCACACCCCCUGCAUUGAGCAGCUGGAGAAGAUAAACUUCCGCUGUAAGCCAUCUUUUCGGGAAUCCGGCUCGAGGAAUAUCCGAGAACCGACCUUCGUACGCCACCAUUGGGUGCACAGGCGGCGGCAGGAUGGCAAGUGCCGGCACUGCGGGAAGGGCUUCCAGCAAAAGUUCGCAUUCCACAGCAAGGAGAUUGUGGCCAUCAGCUGCUCCUGGUGCAAGCAGGCGUACCACAGCAAGGUGUCAUGCUUCAUGCUGCAGCAGAUCGAGGAGCCCUGCUCCCUGGGGGUCCAUGCAGCCGUGGUCAUCCCGCCCACCUGGAUCCUCCGCGCCCGGAGGCCCCAGAACACCCUCAAGGCCAGCAAAAAGAAGAAGAGAGCAUCCUUCAAGAGGAAAUCCAGCAAGAAGGGGCCUGAGGAGAGCCGCUGGAGACCCUUCAUCAUCAGGCCCACCCCAUCCCCACUCAUGAAGCCCCUGCUGGUGUUUGUGAACCCCAAGAGUGGAGGCAACCAGGGUGCCAAGAUCAUCCAGUCCUUCCUCUGGUACCUCAACCCCCGGCAAGUCUUUGACUUGAGCCAGGGCGGGCCCAAGGAGGCACUGGAAAUGUACCGCAAAGUGCACAACCUGCGGAUCCUGGCGUGUGGGGGUGACGGCACGGUCGGCUGGAUUCUUUCCACACUGGACCAGCUGCGCCUGAAACCACCGCCCCCUGUGGCCAUCCUGCCUCUAGGAACGGGCAACGACUUGGCUCGAACCCUUAACUGGGGUGGGGGCUACACUGAUGAGCCCGUGUCCAAGAUCCUGUCCCACGUGGAAGAGGGCAAUGUGGUGCAGCUAGAUCGCUGGGACCUCCGGGCUGAGCCCAACCCUGAGGCGGGGCCUGAGGAGCGAGAUGAGGGUGCCACUGACAGGCUGCCCCUGGAUGUCUUCAAUAACUACUUCAGCCUGGGCUUCGACGCCCACGUCACCCUGGAGUUUCAUGAGUCUCGAGAGGCCAACCCUGAGAAAUUCAACAGCCGCUUCCGGAACAAGAUGUUCUAUGCCGGGACAGCCUUCUCUGACUUCCUGAUGGGCAGUUCCAAGGACCUGGCCAAGCACAUCCGAGUUGUGUGUGACGGGAUGGACCUGACCCCCAAGAUUCAGGACCUCAAACCCCAGUGCAUCGUUUUCCUGAACAUCCCCAGGUACUGUGCAGGCACCAUGCCUUGGGGCCACCCUGGGGAACACCACGACUUUGAGCCUCAGCGGCAUGACGAUGGCUACCUCGAGGUCAUUGGCUUCACCAUGACAUCCCUGGCAGCGCUGCAGGUGGGCGGGCACGGCGAGCGGCUGACACAGUGCCGUGAGGUGCUGCUCACCACGGCCAAGGCCAUCCCAGUGCAGGUGGACGGCGAGCCCUGCAAGCUGGCGGCCUCACGCAUCCGCAUUGCGCUGCGCAAUCAGGCCACCAUGGUGCAGAAGGCCAAGCGGCGCAGUGCUGCACCCCUGCACAGCGAGUAUGACCCCGCCUCAGCCGCCCCUUUCCAGCAGCCUGUCCCAGAGCAGCUUCGGAUCCAGGUGAGCAGGGUCAGCAUGCACGACUAUGAGGCCCUGCACUAUGACAAGGAGCAGCUCAAGGAGGCCUCCGUGCCCCUGGGCACUGUGGUAGUCCCCGGAGACAGCGACCUAGAGCUCUGCCGUGCCCACAUUGAGAAGCUGCAGCAGGAGUCCGAUGGUGCUGGAGCCAAGUCCCCAACGUGCCAGAAACUGUCACCCAAGUGGUGUUUCCUGGAUGCCACCACAGCCAGCCGCUUCUACAGGAUCGACCGCGCGCAGGAGCACCUCAACUACGUGACCGAGAUUGCACAGGACGAGAUUUAUAUCCUGGAUCCCGAGCUGCUGGGGGCAUCGGCCAGGCCCGACCUCCCCACCCCCACGUCCCCUCUCCCUUCCUCCCCCUGCUCCCCUACGCCCCGGUCACUGCAAGGGGACACUGUACCCCCUCCAGGUGAGGCGCUGAUUGAGGCCGCCCAGAGGAAUGACUUCUGUAAGCUACAGGAGCUACACCGAGCUGGGGGGGACCUUGUGCACCGGGACUCACGGGGUCGCACGCUCCUGCACCAUGCAGUCAGCGCGGGCAGCAAGGAGGUGGUCCGCUACCUGCUGGACCAUGCACCCCCAGAGAUCCUCGAUGCUGUGGAGGAGAACGGGGAGACCUGCCUGCACCAAGCAGCAGCCCUGGGCCAGCGCACCAUCUGCCACUACAUUGUGGAAGCCGGCGCCUCCCUCAUGAAGACAGACCAGCAGGGCGACACCCCUCGGCAACGGGCAGAGAAGGCGCAGGACACUGAGCUUGCCGCAUACCUGGAGAACAGGCAGCACUACCAGAUGAUCCAGCGUGAGGACCAGGAGACCGCUGUGUAGACACAGCCCAGAGGCCCCCCGGGCAGCAGAGGGACUGCCAAAGAUGAACUGCCCCUGGUGUGCAUCUCACUGCCACAUUCCAGUCGCAGCAGCCAGGAGGGGGACCCUCCUCCAGGGAAGGAGCUGCCCUGAUGAUCUAGGGACUCUGAGGAGCUGGGGCGGUCACCUGCCUCCCCCCACCCCCACCCCGAAGCCCCCAUCCUGUCCACCAGGCUCAUAGGGAGCAGGAACCGGGCAGCUGGGCCACUGCAGGACAGCCUCGCCCUCAGCCCCCGGCAGGUGCUCUCUCUGAGGAUUGGGGGCAGGGCACAGCCCAGAGCUUCCGGAAGAGGUUCUUGCCACCAGGUCCCCAGGGCCUGCAGCGCUCCCGGGUUCGCGGACCCUGUCCCUGCUUACCACCCUCCCACCUCCACCCGGAAUGGCCUGCUGCCUUGGCCUGCCCUGGUCUGCUUGGCACCCGACCUUGGUGACCCUCCCGUGUUCCCAGCGUUUCACGUGGACUGUGCAGCCUGGGACCGGGGUGGGAGGGCAGGGUUCUCGGUGACAUGUUUACAGCUGGGUGUGACUCAGUAAAGUGGAUAUUUUUCGCUUUU